GCACUGUGUGUGCCCUCCCCUCCCUUCCUUCUGCUCUCGGCCACGAACCUCUCGUAGCUCUCGUUAGCGCCUUCUGAAAGGAAACCCGGGCCCGUUUCUCCCCAGGGCAGCACAAUGCUCUGACGAGCUUUUGUCCAGGCAGCUGGACUGGGAUGGGCCUUGUGGGUCCCUUCCAGCCCGGGAUAUUCUGUGAUAGUUUAUGAAUACAGCGCUCUGCAGCGCUGUUGUGCCCGGCCAGGCAUCCUCCCCGGGCACCCGUACAUGCUUUGAGCCAGCUACAAAAGCAGCCUGCCCUCCGGAAGAGUUGCUGGAGCCUGUUCUGGAGCACUUCUGACUGCUACUGCCAGCGAGGCCCCAGCCAGCCACGAUGUACUGCCUUCAGUGGUUACUACCUGUCCUGCUCAUACCCAAGCCCCUCAACCCAGCAUUGUGGUUCAGUCACUCAAUGUUCAUGGGAUUCUACCUGCUCAGUUUUCUCCUGGAACGGAAACCUUGCACAAUUUGUGCCUUGGUCUUCCUGGCAGCUCUAUUCCUCAUCUGCUACAGCUGCUGGGGGAACUGCUUCUUGUAUCACUGCACAGGAUCCCAGUUGCCAGAAUCAGCUCAUGAUCCCAAUAUAGUGGGCACCUAGAAAAUCAUAAUCUUCCAGUCUGCUGAGGGCUCUUAUUUUGCUUUUUAAAAAAGGGGUGGGGCUGGGGAGGAGGGGGGUGUUGGGUGUGGGACUGGAGUAAGGACAACCUAUUUCCUGUAACUGUGCGUGGACUGGAGUGGCAAAUUCUUCCCACUCUGCCUGUGAAAUUCAGCUCGUUUACUGUGUGAACUCUGGCAGCACCACCUGCUUUUUUAGAAGCAGAAGUCUUUUUUUUUCCUUUCCCGUAUCACCGGGAGCAGACACCAGCCCUCUCAACUGAGAACUGCUGGAAGCCUGAGCUGCUGGCCCCUGCCCAGCUGGGAGUGCUGGGGUUGUGUGUCACUUGUCUGCAUUAGGCCAUGGUGGUCUAACUCAGGGCUCUUGGCCCACUGAUCCUGCUUGAAUAGCUACAAGAUUCUCUCAGUCUCUCUUUGUGGGGAGCCAGCCUUCCCACCUUGCUGAUCAAGGGCGAGUGCAACAGCUCACAAAUGGACUUGGCCAAAAGCUGCUGGAGCCAGAGGCAAUUGAGUCAUCUCCUCCUGCUCAGCCUGCCAAAGAGAUGUGUGCACUGCCGAAGUGCUUUCUGAACUCUUUGCUCCAAGAUCCCAGCCUGAAAGCCUCAGUUAUGCGUUAUGCUGCUGCUUUUAUAAAGCCUGACAGGCAGUAGAGACUCUCUCUUCCCCUCCUCCUAUAUGUCCCAGGUUUACCAAGGUAUUGACUGUUGGGAGAAAGAACCAGCAUGCUGCAAGACACAGAGUUUUGGAAGCCACUGUGAACUUUACCCUACAAAACUCAUGCUAGCCUGAAAGGCUGGGUGUGGGCAGGGCAGGAGAGGAUCCAUGAGGUGGAGGCAUGGCUUGAAGCAGUAAAUGCUUCAGCCAUUUUCAGAGAUAAUGGUUUUGGGCCAGAGGUGACAGAAGGUGCUGGUGCUACUGACUAGAGAAGGGCAGAGGCUGAAAAAUGCCUGGUGUCUCCAGCUUCCCUGGCAGAAGGAUGUCAAGAAUCCAAGGUGCUGGUGGGUCAGGCCUACAGCCUGGGGCAGAGGUUGGUUUGUGAGAAGCCUUAGAGGUUGACACAAAACACUUACCUCUAAACUUUGAAGGUUUCCCUCCCCUUUGCCAUCUGUUUGUCUUUCCUUCAGUCUUCUGGUGGAGAGCAGCAGAAGUGGUUGUUGCUGUCCUGAGGCAGUUCAAGCUAUGAGGUUGUGAAACUUCCAGAGUAUUGUUUGUUCAUUGCACAGCUGUUCAAAAUGUUUAAUAAAGCUUUAUAAACUUUGGUC